GUACCCUCGUACUCUCGUAGUUCCUAUUUUGAAAUAAUUUGCCCAAUGCGCGCACUAUCAGCCUUUCUCUUCCAUCUUCUCGUUACACCUCCGCCGUCAUCGGCAAUCAGAAUCCACCCUCUUACUCGGUGUCAUCAUUGCGCAACACUACCACUAAUGGUGGCGCAUAAAAAUUCCGGCGAAACUUCUCCCGGCACAGUUCAAUUCAGCCCUGCCGUUGACAAAUUACAAGAAUUCCUUCAUUCCAAUCCUUCUGAUGGGUGGGAAAGAUGUUGGGAGGAAAGAUUAACACCAUGGGAUUUGGGGAAACCGACACCAGUUCUUCAACACCUUCUUCAAACAGACUCUCUUCCUAAGGGAAGAGCUCUUGUCCCUGGAUCUGGUAGUGGCUAUGAUGUGAUAACACUGGCAUCUCCUGAGCGCUACGUUAUUGGAUUGGACAUAUCAGAGGUUGCCAUAAAAAAAGCAAGAGAGCUGGCAUCUUCAUCCCCAAAUGCAAACUAUAUUUCCUUUACGCAAGCAGAUUUUUUCACUUGGGAGCCUACUCAACAUUUUGAUCUCAUAUUUGAUUACACAUUCUUUUGUGCUAUUGUUCCAAAUAUGCGGUCAGCUUGGGCAACUCGCAUGGCAGAUCUCUUAAAACCAGAUGGAGAGCUUAUAACAUUAAUGUUUCCGAUUGAUGACCAUGAUGGUGGACCUCCAUAUAAAACAUCUGUUGCCGACUAUGAAGAGGUGUUGCAUCCCCUGGGUUUCCAUGCCAUAUCUAUUGUCGAGAAUGAACUUGCAGUGGACCGUCGUAAGGGAAGGGAGAAGGUUGGCAGGUGGCAAAGGACGAUGACAGUGUGUUCGCUCUGAAAGUGAUCAAAGACUGCAAAGUAUACAAAGAGUUGGACGGAGCUGGUGCGUUAGCAAAGCCGGAUGGAGCAGUAUCGUUUAUCGAAUGGAAUCGUCGGAGGUGGUAAUAAAAUUUGAAGGUUUUUAUUUUUAUUUUUACUAAUGCACUGCCGCGCACGGCUAUUGCUUGGUUACCAUGUCAGUCGCGCACGGAUAUUGCUUGGCUUCCAUGGCCACCAAGCAGAUCUUGUGCUUGGCAGACAUGGCUAGCGUGCACAUAAUUGCACGGGUUUUAUUAUAAAAUUCAAACUUUUUUUUUUAUUUUUUAUUUUUACGUAGUAUGGGUCGAAUUAGGGCAUAUUAUUACUGCAUAUUAGGGAUUAUUAUUGUUUAAAAUUAGCGUUUAUUAAGAAUUAAUGUUAAAAAUUAGUGUUAAUUAAGAAUGUAUGGGUAAAGUAUUUCAUAAACGAGUGUUAGUGAUUUUAGAAAUUA